AAAACAUCUUUAUAUUUAUAUUCAUUUUAUAAACUAAACGCUUUGUGUUCGCCCAUUGCUUUUAAUUAUUUUACUCUAGUGUUUCAAACCUUUUCCAAGUAUUUCAUACAAUAAGAAUUGAAAAAAGAUGUUUGAUUGGUUGAAAGUACAUUUUCUUAAAACAUUAAACUCGAGCACUUAUCAUUUGGAAAUUUUGUUUUCGUGUUGUGUCAUGUCAUGUUUAAAUAAGCCUAUUCAUUGAAUUUGUGAAAGGAUGAAGCUGUUAUUUUUUAUUGGUUUCGUCAUACAUUUUAUUCCAGUUGUGAAAGGUUUGGACACAAUUCGUGUUUGCUUUGAUAAAAGUGAAGUUAUACCAUGUGUUGGAAACCAAUCCAUUGACAUUAUUGUUGUAUAUUAUGGUCGAUUUUACACAAAUGAGUGUCCCGAUCCAUCAAUAAACAAGGAACGAUGCAUUGGUAGUGCGAAUGUUAGUAUAGCUAUAAAGGAAAGAUGCCAGGGUAGAAAUAAUUGUACAUUUCAUAACACUGACGGAGUACUUCCAGCUGGUAAUUGUACUUCAUCUUUCAAACCAUAUGCUGAGAUAACAUAUGACUGCAAAGGAAAUGUUACGGAAGAUAUUGUAAACCAGCCCAUAGAUGACAGAUCAUCAGUGUUACAAAAACUACCCUACAUUCUAGCUGGUGUUGUGCUGUGUGUUGUGAUUGUUAUUGUCAGUGUAGUCUUUGUAAGACGGAGACUGCACAGCAAAGAGUCAGCAGAAGUGGAGUACAGAAUACAAACAGGGACAGAAGUUAAUAGUUCUGAUACUAUAGAUAGCGGAAAUGGAGAGAGUCACUAUGAUGAAAUCAGUAUCACCGACGAGGAAUCCAUCAAGACGGAGUAUAAUCAUUUAAAAUUUCGUGCGUCUAUCAAAACAAAUUGUGGGACAUACAAUAAUGCCGACGUUGGUACAUAUGACCAUGCUAAAGGAGUUGUAAGAGGAACAGGUGCUUUAAACUCGUAUACUUACAACCAUAACGACACAAAUACGUACAAUACUACUGGUAUUCAAAGACCCGCAGACGUAACAGAAUAUAGCAAUCAUUGUUAAUAUUUGUAAAGAAAUAACUUAUGUGAACAUGAUUACCGCUACACGAACGAGUGUUGGAUAUAAAGGAAAGUUUAUUUUGAAACUUAACUUUUUGAAUAAUUAAUUGGAAAAGAGCGUUCCGUUGGCUAAGAGCCUGUUCAGCUAUUGCAAAUAGUAUAAAUUCAAAAAUUGAUUGUUGCAUUCUGUAGUGGAAAUUCAACCAAUGUCGUCGACUGGGACCAAAAAUGUUGUAUGGAAACCUUUUAUGUUUUUUUUUAAAUUUGUCCUCUUUUUCAUGAUUUAGUUCAAAUAAUGGAUAUUUGGAAUUUGAUUGUUAUACUGAUUUGGUUUAAAUUUGACAGUCAGUAUAUAUAUGUAAUAAUAAAACUAAUGUCGUGUGUAUGAUUAA